CUCCACAAAUGGGAGGAUUCGGCGGUGCUCCACAAAUGGGAGGAUUUGGUGGUGCUCCACAAAUGGGUGGAUUUCCACAAAAUUGUCCAAUGGGAGGUGACUUCGGUGCCUCAGCUCCACCAAUGGGCAUGAUGCGUUCACUACAAGCAGUUGGUGCUCCAUUAAUGCAACCAUAUCAACAAAUGCAAGCAUUACCUGCUCCAGGUCCACAAUCAUAUCCAGUUCCUCAACCAUAUCCACAUCCAUAUCCAGUACCAGUUCCAGUUCCUCAACCAGUUGGUCAACAACAACAAUCAUUUCCAGCUCCACAACAAAGCUUUUCAGCACCACCACCAAGCUUUUCACCACCUCCACCACCACCAAGUUUCGCUCCACCACCUAAUUUUGCUCCUCCUCCACCACCAAGUUUUGCUCCACCACCUAGUUUUGCUCCACCACCUAACUUUGCUCCACCACAACAACAACAACAUCAACAAGCGUAUUCACCUCCACCACCACCACCACCACCAUCAUUCCCACAAUCUGGUCCUAGCUUCGGUGGAUCUGAACAAUUCCAUAUUCCACCACCACCACCACCAUCAUCGUUUCCACCUCCACCUCAACAACAAUUUGGUGGCGGAUUUCCACCACAACAAGGUGGUGCACCUGGUGGCAAUGGUCGCAUGAUCUGCUGCUGCUUUCCAGCUCCUAAUUAA